AUGGCCCGCGCCGUUGUAAAGAGCAAUCGUAGAAAAAAAGGAUUUGCGCUGUUUCCGCAUACUAAUCGGUUUCGUUUUUCGCAGGUUUCGUCGCUCGAGAAGACGAUUUUCAAGGAAAAAGAGGGGCAACAGUCGAACGACCGCGAAGGAAUCUCGUUCGUCCGUGAAAAUAAUGGAGCAACAGCAGACGUUGUCCUCGUCGAUUUAGAGACGCCUUUACUAAUCGUCGCGUUGCUUGAAUUUCAGGUUGGUUCCACGAAAAACGAACGGAGUAAUGUCGGACGAGACAUUAGGAAGGAAGAGUCGACGGCAACGCGUUCGAGUGUCACCGAUCAAGAAACAAAAUGUUUCUUCGCGAGCCUAGGCUGGAACUUGGAUGGAAGCAGGCGCGGUUCGCGGCAAUCCGCGAACGACGUGCCGGCGCCGCUGACGCCUCAAAGACGCGCGAGGCUUCACUGUUCUUCUCGUCAUACCAGCAGAAACAACAACAACAAUAACAGCAGCAGCAACAAUAACAAUAGAUCGAGCAACGUAUCCGUGUCCGUAUCGGGACUGGAUCGACGACACAAUUGCUCGCGCUGCGGCAAAAGUUACAAGAACGCGUACAUACUGAAGAGGCACUUGCUGUACGAGUGCGGCAAGGCGCCGUCUUUCAACUGCCCGCACUGCGCGUUCAGCUCUAAAUACGAGAGAAAUUUGAAGGCGCACAUCAAUCAUCGGCACGUGGCCCCGCAAUCGUCGCAGGGCAGUUCGGUUUCGGGCAGCGGCGCUUCGGGCACCGGCAGCAUCGCCAGCACCGCCGCCACCGUUAAUCAAAGGGCCUGAAAUCAGCUCGCGGCACGAACGACCACCACCCUUCCUCGUAGGAACGUCGAAUCUAAGAAAUCCUCGUUAUCUUAGAUCGUCGCGAACGUUCGCGACCACUUGCUUUUCUCUUUGUCCGUCGCCGAACGGUCCUAUCUUUUCUUUAUUUCUCUUCACUUUCCUUUUCGUCUCCUCGUCCCCUCUUCCUUGCUUCUCGAUCGUCGACGAUCCAACGGUUCCCCUACGAUCUUCCCUUCGUUUUCUCGACCGCUCGUUGUAAUACCGGCAACUAUCCGAACGGUAACGGCAAAUACGUGUUCCUGGUUGACGUAGGUCGAAACAGCCGCACACACAAGUGACAAUACGUUUCCGUCGUACGACUCGAGGAGAAUUCGCUUCGUAUCCGACGAUAGAAUAAUAGAGCGAACGCGAAAAGACGGUUUCGUAGCUGCCUGUCGUCGAAGUAGAGGAAUUAGCGUCUUCGCCGUGGCACGAAGCCGUUGUUGGAUCCCGUUUGACGAAUGUAGCGUAAAACAAAGCGAAACAAACGAAAAAGGUAUUGUUGAAUAUUUUAGAGAGGCUCGACGAGAAGAGUGUCGGGAGAGGUCUGUUCCGGUCGAUGAUCGGUCGGCCGAGAGGAAGAUACUUUCCCGGAUGUUCUUCGAGCCUCUGACAGAUUAUCAAAUUGCCCAAUUAUUUUUCUACUAAUUAUAAGGGAAAGCAAGAAUUUCUGCGCGACCUAUCGCGAAAUGGACGACGUUCUCAAACGGCGCCAGAAAUUCCGUUGUUCGUUGUUCGAUUCGAAAAUAGGUGCACACUCGAUGAUCGUGGUUACCGAACGGGAAACAGCGAUAGCCGCGACGAUCGAGUCGACGUGGAUUUACCGAAACGAUCGAAAGACGAGAGAAAAUUCUCGGUGCAACGAAAAAUCUCCGACGCUAAUGAUAUCCCGAUUCUAGCUCUCUAGCGUAGCGUAGCGUUUAAGUAUCGUUGGAAAAUUCUAGUCAAACGGAUUCGUCGAUAUAAUUUUGUCGAGUUUCGCGCGGCGCUUCGACGAUUCCGAUCGAGCGAACACGAUCGUGCACGUAGUAGAUGCCUUUUUUUUUCUUUUUUCUCGAUAAGGAAAGCGCGAAAGUCGUUCUCGAUCGUCGUCGUAUUCGUCGACGCGAUCGCGCGCGAUCAAAGUUACGUUAUUUUUGUCCAAGUUGCAUUAGUCUGAGAAUCUGCGAAGCGAUCGAACGAAUUUCGUUCCGAUCCGUUCGACGACUUCGCGUCGAUUCUUCUCGUUCCGUUUAGAGCCGUCUACUUUACGGACGGGCCUAAAGCGGGCUCUUACCUAAUAUAGGUUAAUAGUCGAGAUAGAGAAUCUAUUUAAAUCAAAAAAAGUAUAUAUAUAUAUAUAUUGUAUUGUAUAUAGAAUAUUAUACAUACAUAUAUUAUAUAAUAAUAAGUUUAAGGAUACGUCGUAAAUUAUAUAAAGACGUAGGCGUUACGGUGGAAACGGAAACGCGUGUUUCCACGUAGUUUGGCCGGUCACCGACGAAUCGAUCGAAUCGAACGUUUAUCGCACGAGGAUCUCUGUGAUAAUAUUAGCAAUUUAGUAACGUACGAAUAAAACACGCUUCGCGAUCGUUGGAAAGCUUGGAGCGACUCGAACGAGAAAAACGAAACGAGAACGAAAGAAGAAGAAGAGGAAGAAGAAACGUUUCGCGAUCGCGCGUUUUCAGCAACGAGGACGAUACGAUCGAUCCUCGCGGUCGUUUCGCGCGUUAAAAGAGCUUCCUUCGAGACCCAACGAAUUCGAGAAAAUCCUCGAUCAAGGACCAAAGACUCGACGAAGGAUUAUUCCAAAACAAGAUUCUAGUCAAAUCGAUGUUCGAUCACGAUUCCGUGAACCGGCCAAUGGUAAACGAGAGAAGAAGCGUAUCGACGAUACGACGGAGGCAUUGAAUCUCGUAUUUAUUCUCUUAGAGUUAGAACUUUUCGCUUCCGUUGUCUUUCCUGUCCCGGUUCUUCUUCUGUCCGUCGCGUUACCCCUCCGCGCGAACGCGCGCCAGAGGUUCUUUCCCCUUUUCCGAGCUUACUCGCUCGCGAGGUAAGUUUUACCUCUCUAAGCAUCUACCCGUAGUCUCUCUCUUAAUCGUUACGAAUCGUUCGAUCGUAAAUCUAAGCUACGUCUAGACUCGUUCUCUCUCGUUCGACUUAACCUCGUUCGUCCGUGUCUCGUGCGAAAUCGCGAUCGAUUCACGAUCGAAGAAAUCGUACGAAUAUCGCCGACGCUUUCCUUCUUCGACCUCCGCGAUCGCCGCACGAUCGCUACCC